AUGUUCGGCCGUGUUUCUCUUGCGCUCAUUUUGAUUUCUAUAGCUGCAAUUUUCUGUGCGCAGUCUGCGGAUGCUGCCAAGGGUCCCAAAAUCACUCACAAAGUCUACUUCGACAUUAGGCAUGGCGACAAGGACCUAGGCCGAGUUGUCAUUGGUCUUUAUGGUGGUACCGUUCCCAAGACAGUCGAGAACUUCCGCGCACUCGCAACUGGUGUCGGGAAGGAUGGUAAUGAGCUUGGCUACGGUUACAAGGGCUCCAAGUUCCACCGCGUUAUCAAGAACUUCAUGAUCCAGGGCGGUGAUUUCACUCGUGGGGAUGGUACCGGUGGAAAGUCCAUUUACGGCGACCGCUUCAAGGAUGAGAACUUCAAGCUCAAGCACACCGGACCCGGCACUCUUUCCAUGGCUAAUGCAGGCAAGGACACCAACGGUAAGCAGUUCAUUUGCACUGUUGUCACCAGCUGGCUGGACGGUAAACACGUUGUCUUCGGAAAAGUCCUCGAAGGAAUGGACAUUGUAUACUCUAUCGAGGACGUUCCUAAAGGCGGCAACGAUCGUCCAUUGGAGGACGUCACCAUCUACGACUCUGGAGAGCUGCCAGUUGAGCCGAUUGUGGAUGAGGGAGGAAAAGAGGUACCCCUACGCGCUGAGCUAUGA